AUGGGCGAGACGCUACGCAGCUUUGGCGCCUGGUUCAUUCAAAGCAGACUUCCGAACUCGGUAAUGCGGGGGUUCACUAUUCAACUCUUACUAGCGCUUGAUUUUGCUCACGAACAUAAUGUUAUCCAUACUGAUAUAAAACCGGACAACAUUUUCGUCAAAUUUAGAGACCUUUCCCUCAUAGAAUCCGGUUAUCUAGUCAAUGUUGCCAUUCCCCAACAGGAUCGGUCUGAGGAACAGUACGCAGUCAUCACCUCGACACCCUUACGCCUCUAUUACUUCAACAAAACCGACAGUACACGUGUUGCUGAGUUUGAUAUCGCCCUCGGAGACUGGGGCGUCUCCAGCUGGGUAGAUCGACAUCUCAGCGAGACGAUCCAGCCCGUGGCCCUCCAAUAUCCCGAGGUCCUGAUCGAGGCGCCGUGGAAUGCAAGCACUGACGGGUGGAAUCUCGGGUACGUCGUGCUCGAAGUCUUCCGGGCAGUUCGCAUGUUCAGCGGAUCUGUCCCGCCCGACGGCCAUUACGAGCUCAAAGAACAUUUGAGGGAAAUUCCGAACCUGUUUUGGCCGUUCCCCAAGUUUUAG